ACUUUUAGAUUUCUGUUGUUAGAAAAAUAAUUUACAUAGACAUCCUGAAGUUGUACAAAAAGUCGGUCGUCCUCGCAAAAAAUACACAUCACGCCUUUAUCCUUCAGUACUUUCCUCAGAACUCCUACCAAGUUGCUAGUAUCAGUAACCGUUAUAAAGUUUUUUACCUUCUUAUGUUUAAUUUGCAUUAUAAACUUUUCAGUAUUCCCUUUUUUGAAAUGCAGUUGGUUUUUGUAAACAUUUAUUGGUUUUUCUGUAAUAUAAAUAUAACAAGAGCUGUCCUCUUGCCCACUAUGUACGGUCGCCGAGUUUGAACUUGCGUCAUUUUGGUCUUCUUCCUCCUUAUUAUUGAUUUCCAAAUUUGGCAAUCUUGACAGCUCGUCUGCCACAUUUAUUUUGCCCUUAACGUGUACAAUUUUAUAAUCAAAUUCAUUUAAUUUGAUUUUCCACCUUUGCAGUUUAAGGUUUGGCUCCUUCAAUGAAUCCAGCCAAACUAAAGGUUUGUGGUCCGUUUUAAUAGUGAAUUGUCGGCCCCAUAAAUAUUGCCUAAAGUACUUCGUUGCCGCCACAAUGGCGAGUAGUUCUUUCUCUAUUGUGGAAUACCUACGUUUAUGUUCAUUCAAUGUUCUACUGUAAUAAGAUAUAACUUUUUCGUUCUGCAUUAAGACAACACCGAUCGCAAAAUUUGAUGCAUCCGUGACAAGGGUGAAACUUUUAGAAUAAUCGGGAUAGAUAAGAAUUGGGUCAGUCAUCAAGAGUAACUUGAGUUUCUUAAAGGCAUUGAUGUAGUCCCUGUCAGAAACAUUUAUUUCCGCUCCUUUUUUCAAAUAUUUUGUCAUGUGGUAGGCAAUCUUUGAAUAGUCUCUUAUGAACUUUCGAUAAUAGCCCGUGAUCCCCAAAAACGAUUUAAUUUCCUUUUCCGUUUUCGGUAGCUCUAUUCUUUGAAUCGCUUCAACCUUCUGAGGAUUCGGUUUAAUGCCGUCAUCAGUGACUAUAUGUCCCAAAAAUUCGGUCUGUCUCUGCAAAAAUGAGCUUUGUCUAGUUGUAUUUUGAGAUUAACCUCACUCAAUCGUUGAAGUAUUCGGCCUUAUCACGCAAUCCAUCGUAAACUGUUUUUCGGAGAAGUUACUACAAAAACAUUCAUGCAUUUCGAACAACUCCGAACGUAAAUUCGAAAACCGGAGAAUAGCAUUCACUGAACACACUUUAGUGCUCUAAGGAAGAAGCGUCUGAGUUUUGGAAAAAGGUGGCGGAGGAGCUUAACAGCAUGGGCCCACCUCAGAAAGACAUCACUAGCUGGAAAAAGGUAUGGCUAGACUGGAAGGCGUAUAUUAAAAGGAAGCUACCGGAAAACAAAAUAGAACAGAGGGCUAUUGGUGGCGGUCGAAACAGGCAGCACCAUUUCAAUGAAAUGGAGGAAGCUGUCAUCCGAUUGACGGCACUAGAGACUAGCACGAAUGGAAUUGAAAACACUGUGAGUAUUGGGCUACCUGUUGAAGGCGAUUCUGAAGCUGAGAUCGGGGCUGACGUGUCAAUGACGUCAUCGAGCCGCAGUCCAGCACUUCCGAGACGUAUUUCCUCUGCGCGCAAACCAACUGAUACAAGUACAGCAGAAGUACUUCAAGACCAUUUUUUGCUUCAAAAGGAAUUUCAGGAAAAGACCAUAGCACACUAUUCAAUACAGGAACAAAGGCUGGAAGAUAUUUGUUCCGGUAUACGACGAUUAUACCUAGCAAUGGAAAAGCACUACGACCUGAAGAAUGCAGAAGUGGAAGAAACCCAUAGACACAACCAAUCCAUGGAAGAUUUGAUCAAUGCUAAAAAUUCAAUAAAAAAACAAAUGUUAUUAGUUGAGCAAAAAAGCUUAAAGCGAUUUCCAAAAACAACUGAAAUUUAUACAUAUGUAUGUAUGUAUAUGUACAUUCCUUUAUUUAUACACAAGUGCCUAUCAAAAGUUCAAAUAAAAAAAGUGUAAAUGAA